CUGACCCGACCCUCGCCGCCCUCAUACAUACCAACACAUACAAAACACACGUCUGCAUUACACGCACACAUGCAACAGAGAGAAGACUGCGAACCUUUACCAUGGCCACGCACACCAUCAAAGCACAUCGCACAGAACAAUGACAUAUUCAAGAAUUUACACACAUUGAGACAGGGAAGCAUUCGCAACGCAACAGGCUCUAGAAAUAAGGAAAAUAUAGCAGCUGUUGACGUCCGUAGUAGCCAGCCACCGGCACAUUUGUCUCCCCCCGCUCCUAUAACCCCCUCCAAGAUUGCUGCCACCAUGGGCCGGAAGAAAAUACAAAUAUCACGUAUCACGGAUGAACGGAAUCGACAGGUGACUUUCAACAAACGCAAAUUCGGAGUAAUGAAGAAGGCUUACGAAUUGAGCGUCCUCUGUGAUUGUGAAAUUGCUCUCAUCAUCUUCAGCUCCAACAACAAACUCUACCAGUAUGCCAGCACCGACAUGGACAAGGUUUUAUUGAAAUACACGGAAUAUAAUGAGCCGCACGAGUCACUGACGAAUCGCAACAUCAUCGAGGCACUAACGAAGAAAGAGCAUAAGAACGGAGUGAUGUCACCAGACAGCCCGGAAGCCGAACCAGAAUAUAACUUGACCCCAAGGACCGAAGCAAAGUAUUCAAAGAUUGAUGAGGAAUUUCAAAUGAUGAUGCAACGCAACCAACUCAAUGGAAGCCGAGUCGGUGUUGGUGUUCCUGGAACGAACUACAACCUUCCUGUCAGCGUACCCGUCGGAAGCUAUGAUCAGUCCCUUUUGCAAGCUAGUCCUCAAAUGCAUACCUCUAUCAGUCCACGGCCAUCGUCUUCGGAAACCGAUUCAGUUUACCCGAGCGGCGCAAUGCUAGAGAUGUCAAAUGGUUACCCGGGAUCUGGCUCACCGUUGGGUGGGGGGUGCACUCCCUCCCCCUCCCCCGGCCCAGCUCCCUCCCCCCACCGACACCCGCACAAGCCCCACCAUGCUCCGCCGCCUCAUCACUCGCCCCGACACAACAACUUACGCGUCGUCAUACCCAGCUCAAUGCCACCACCGCAAGAUGACAUAUCUUAUACCGGAGAGACACCACUAAGCUACUCAGGACUCGGAAAUUUCGGCGGACCACAGGACUUCAGCAUGAGCUCAGACAUCGGCAUAGGACUAUCAUGGGGAGCGCACCAACUGCAGACACUACAACACAACAGGUACAUCAGUCUGCCGGUGCUAGGCGGUACACCGCCUCCGGCCGCAUCUCCCAGCAACGUGAAGAUUAAAGCAGAGCCAGUUUCCCCACCGCGUGAACAUCUGCAUCGUCCGCCAGCACCGCCAGCCCACCUCGCCGGCAUCGAUGGUAUGUAUGGAUCGGUGACUUCAAGUAACAUGGGUUCGCCGGCCGGACAAGACAUGAGGCAUGCUAACACCGUCCCGCUAGACUACGAACAGCCUCACUCAAAACGGCCGCGGAUCGAAGGCUGGGCCACAUAG